ACACCGAGGCAGAGAGGUUAAGCACUUGCUCCUGUGGGAAGCCUACUUUGGUUGCGAUGCCGUCUGAACUACCCAAACUGAGACAGACCAUGCCGAAGCAGGAUUUUGCUAGUCGAGGCUGUGGGUUUGACAGGGCAGGGGGACCGCGGCUGCUCCGCUCACAGGGGCACUGAGGGAGCUCCUCUGCUCAGCCAUGAGUCUGGAGCGGCUGCCGAGCGGCUGCUGCGCCGGCUACCCCAGCUGGCAUCGCUGCUGGCAGGCCGAGACGGGCAAGAUUGGGGCCUCAGUUGGCUGCAGGGAAGGGGAAGGCAGCGGCGGCGGUGGGGGGGCCAGGAUCCAGCUGAGGGGGCUCGACACUGAACAGCUGAAGGGCAGCCUGGUGGUCCUCUACGCACCUGCUGGGAACUCCUGCCUGCUCAGAUUGAGCUCAGGGAUGGAAGAGAUGGUCUGGGAGCAGUACACAGUCACUCUGCAGCGGGACUCUAAGAUGGGUUUUGGCAUUGCUGUGUCAGGUGGGCGUGACAACCCCAACGUGGAGAAUGGUGAGACGUCAAUCAUCGUGUCAGAUGUGCUGCAGGGAGGACCGGCAGAUGGAUUACUCUUUGAGAACGAUCGUGUCAUUCAGGUCAACUCCACCCCCAUGGACAACGUGCCUCAUUCCUUUGCUGUGCAGUCCCUCCGUAAAUGUGGAAAAGUGGCCAAAAUAACGGUGAAGAGACCUCGUAAGGUCCACUCACUUAAACAGCCCCCAUCGCCAGGCGCAGACAGUCGGGAUUACGCCCCCUCCACCCACUACUACGACGCUGACAAUGACAACGGCUGGUACCGUAACGAAAGCCAGGACCACACCUCUGACAGCAAAGGAUACCUAGACCCCGAGUACAGGGGGGGGCGGGACUACAACCAGAGAGGAAGAAGCCGGGGAAGGAGCCAGGAGAGGUCCUCGCCCAGCCCGGAAAGAUCCAGGAGGGAGGGUAGCCGGGGACGAGCCCUGGACACCAGCGCUGACCGUCAAAGGUACCACAGCCGAGGACGUAGCCCCGGGGACAGCUACCGCAUGGAGGACAAGUACGAGCGAGGAGAAGGAGGAGGAGGAAGAGGAGGGAGGUACAGGAGCAGGGACCAGCUUAAUGACAACUCUCCAUCCCCAGAACCUUCCAGAGAGCUGGAGCCACUGGAGAAACCUGUCAACGUCCUGCUGGUGAAGAACCGACCCAAUGAAGAGUAUGGUCUACGUCUGGGGAGUCAGAUCUUCAUCAAACAGAUGACCAGUACAGGCCUGGCUGCCAAGGACGGGAACCUGCAGGAGGGAGACAUCAUCCUCAAGAUCAAUGGGACAGUGACAGAGAACCUCUCUCUGCAUGAUGCUGGGAAGCUGAUAGAAAAGUCGAGAGGGAAGCUCCAGCUGGUGGUCCAGAGAGACCGUCGCCAGAUCCUCGUCCGCAUCCCCCCCCUCGCAGACUCUGACUCUGAUAAUGAUGACAUAUCAGAGAUGGAGUCAUACCAUUCCUAUUCUCCCCCAGAGGAGAGGAGGUCCCGCCAGUCUGACCUGUCCUCCCACUCUUCUAAUGAAAGAGACAACCCCAGGGAAGAAUCCAUGAGGACCCCCAAGAUGUCAGCAAUGGCCUCCCCCUUCAGAAUACCUGAAGACCCCCAGGCCUCAGCUGGGCUGGACAAAGGCACACCGCACAUUGAGGAGCCUCCAGUUGCUGCAACAGCUACACCCAAGAUUCUUCUACGGCCAAGUCCAGAAGAUGAAAAAAUAUACGGGCCAAACACAGUGAUGGUGAAUUUCCAGAAGGGAGACAGUGUUGGCCUGAGGCUGGCAGGAGGAAAUGAUGUUGGCAUCUUUAUUGCUAGUGUUCAAGAGGGCAGUCCUGCUGAGGAAGAGGGCCUGCGCGUCGGAGACCAAAUCCUAAAGGUGAACAACGUUGAUUUUCAAGGUGUAGUGAGAGAAGAAGCAGUGCUCUUCCUGUUGGAGAUUCCUAAAGGGGAAGUGGUCACCAUCCUCGCCCAGAGCAAACCUGACGUCUAUAAUGAUAUCUUGGUGUCGGGGCGUGGAGACUCUUUCUUCAUCCGGACACACUUUGAGUAUGAUAAGGAGACUCCUCAGAGCCUGGCAUUCAGCCGUGGGGACAUCUUCAAGGUGGUGGACACCCUGUAUGACGGCAAGCUCGGCAACUGGCUGGCAAUACGCGUUGGCAAGGAAAAGCAGCUGCUGGAGAAGGGCAUCAUCCCCAACAAGAGCAGAGCGGAGCAGAUGGCCAGCGUCCAGAGCUCCCAUAAAGUUGUUGCGGGCGAUCGAGCCGACUUCUGGCGGUUGCGAGGCCAACGUUCUCUGAAGAGGAAGGACUUGAGGAAGAGCAGAGAAAACCUGAGCAGUCAGACCCUCGCCACCCGCUUCCCAGCGUACGAACGAGUGGUGCUCAGGGAAGCUGGUUUCCGGCGUCCUGUUGUGCUGUUCGGCGCCAUCGCUGAUGCUGCUAACGAGAAACUGGCCUCUGAGAUGCCCGACCUGUUUGUUAUUGCCAAAACCGAGCCGAAAGACGCCGGCUCUGAGAAGUCCUCAGGAGUGGUUCGAUUGAACACCAUCCGACAAAUCAUCGAGCAGGACAAGCACGCCCUGCUGGAUGUGACGCCCAAGGCAGUGGACACCCUGAACUACACCCAGUGGUACCCCAUUGUCAUCUUCUUCAACCCAGACAGCAAGCACGGCAUCAAGGCCAUGAGGCAGAGGAUCGCCCCCAACUCCAACCGCAGCGCCCGCAAGCUCUACGAACAGGCCGUCAAACUGAGGAAGACCUGCUCUCACUUAUUCACUGCCACCAUUGAUCUGAACUCAGCCAACGACGCCUGGUACGGCAGCGUCAAAGACUCCAUCAGAGAGCAGCAGAUGCAGGCUGUCUGGGUUUCUGACGGCAAGCUGGAGGGAGUAGAGAGUGAUGGACUGGACUGCCAGGACGUGGAGCGCCUGUCCUUCCUGUCCGCCGACUACCUCAGCAUGGACAGCCGACUGACGUCCGACCUGGACGACACCGCAGACGAGGCCGGGGCAUACACCGACAACGAGCCCGAUGCAGAGAUGAUGCACAUCUCCGCCAUCAGCCGCUCAUCUGAACCUGUCACGGCUGAGGAGAUUUUGCGCAGGUACAGUCCAGACAUCAGGAGUCGCAUGAGGAAAAUCAGCAGCCGGGAAGUCCUCAACAGGUCCAGCCCUCCACCUGUCUUCUUAUCAGACAAGGUGAAACUGUCUCUGAGGGACGAUCCGGUCCUCAUAUCAGGCUCCAACAACCCACACCAUCACCACCGUCAACACCACCCUCCACCCCCCAGCUCCAGCCGAAGUUACGAUUCUCCCUCCAGCAGCAGCCCCGCCAGCAGCAACAACGACCCUCCACCACCCAUCUCUCGUUCAGCUGCCUCCUCCGGCCCGCUGCCUCCACCUCUGGCUCUCCACUUCAACUCCUGCGGAAAACUGCGGCCCCUGGGAGUGCCCCAGCCCCCCCCUGCGCCCAAGCUUAGCCUCUGCGGGAGCACAGCAGAGCCUGCAGUUCACUCACCUGUCGCUCUGCAAAGUGCGACCGUGUUGGCCUGUAGGCAGCAGGAGGAGGCAGUGGAGGACAGCCCUGUAGAGGAUCCUUCAAUGAGGUCCUUCCUGGGGAAGAUCAAGGCCUUCGAGAAGAUGGAUCACUUCGCCCGAGCCCAAAGGAUUCUGGAAGUGCAGGAAGCACAGAAUGCCAGGUUGGAAAUUUCUCAGAAGCACCCAGACAUCUAUGCUGUUCCCCUGAAGACAGCCAAGCUGGAUCACAGUCGCCCACAGCCUAUCGGCUCCAGUUCCUGUCCUGAACGCCGGACUCCUCCGUCCUCCAAGGAGGGAGGACACUUCUACCCCAGCGAAGAGGGUCCAGGGGAAGAGGCAGUGCCAGGAUACUACACCGCCAACUCCUACCAGUACCAGGACACUGAACUGUAGGCCCAGCACACAGCAGUUGUGCCGUCCCUCAUCUUCCUGGACAUACAUGUACACAUGCACUGCACAUGCAGUUUAUUUACACACUUACCAUUCCAUCAUGUCCUGCACAAGUAAGCUACUGACUUUGAACUGACUCUUGCUUCUUUAAUACCGAGGGGGAAAAAACUGCCUUUUUUUGCUUCAAGGAAGUUAAAGCAAUCUGUACUAUCCUUUUGGAUAGGAACACACUGUCUUCACUUUACUUUUUAUGUUGUAUUUGAUUGUUUCUUUCUUACGUACCACUUUUAAUGGUCAAAACUGAGUGACUAGGAACCACUUGUUUUCUUGCCUAUGCAACUCUUCAGUUUGUGCACAGCAACUGAAACCUAUUGCCACGAGUUUUGCCCUCACAGAAACCUCAACAAACCCCAAAACCCACAAUGCGCUUUACCACAUCCAUCCCCUGCUUUUUUAAGCUCCUAUUAUUGCCAGCUAUGAUCAACAAAGGUUACGUUUAUAUUAUUACAUACAGCAUAUAUAUACGUAUAUAUAAAUCUAUAUAUAUAUAUCUAAAGUCAAGUGUUUAUACUCUGUCUUUGCAUUCCUUCGUAUAUGACAAUGCCUGUGUAUACAUACAGUAUAUAUCUAUAUAUAUUCUAUCUAGUAACUCUGGAAUUUGUUACAAUUUUUUGAAGUGCCUUUUACUUUCUUAGUUCCAUGAGGUUCGGGUUGUCUUUCCUCCGCCCCUCAGCCACCCAGCCGUACUAAAACCUCUGCUGCUGUCAAGCUUAAAGGGAAACCAGGGAACCAGUGACACCAAAACCUUAAUGCUGUCCCCACACACUGUACUGUCUGUUGUCACCUUCAGUGACAAAACACACCCACAAAGUACAGUACACACCCUGCACCUUCAGUCCUAUCUGCCAUGUGUAAGAACGAGUAAACAGUGUCUGAUCUGGGAUAAUUAGACUUGGUCACAGCUGUAAAGGCCCGGUCACUCCAGCAUUAAAACAGCAAAAUUUGGUGGAAGAAUCAAUUGAUUUCAGUAGAAUAUACACAAUUGAUGGACUAGUUCUAGUAGUAAAUUUGAUCACCAAGUUUGAUUUGGUGAAUUUUACAGCUUAACCCGUAGUCUGUAGUCUUGACAGUGCUGUUCUUUGAAGGAACAAAGAGCCAGAGUUCAACAAACAGGAAGCUAUCAUUGCUCAUUAGUUGUGUUUAGUGUACAGUUAUUUAACCUCCUCUGGCAUUGUAUAAACUGCUCCACAAAAGAGGCGUGGAGUUUAAACAACUAUGAGACAAAAGUUGAAAUAAACUGUGUAAAACUAUUGCCCCUUAGCGUCCAUGCUAAUUAGCUUGCUAAACUGAGUUAGCAAGUUAAAUAGCUAGCUCAGUAGAGCUAUUGUGGUGUGAUUUAUCUCUAGAUAGUUUCCCGGCCACCAGAGUUUCUCCUAUACACUUGGAAGGCAAGCUGUAUUCAGUUAAUUGCAAUCUGCAACUUCACCAUUAACACUAAAUCCAGUACAUUUUGCUGUGCCACUUGGUGGUGUGACUGGGCCUUAAGAUUCCCAUUUCCUAUUUUUGUCAUCUUUGGUGCUCAGCAUUCAUUGCUGUGCUGUUUUAGCACUGUACCUCCAAGCCAGAAAUGAUUUGCCAUCUUAACUGUGUGGCCAGUAGAGUGAUGUCUUUAGCCCUGGAUGGUUUGUUGAGUUGAAGGUUCUGCAGGUGGCGCCCUCUUUUGGCUGUUUAGCCAUGGUGGCUAUCACUGCCUAACAACCCUGUUAAACGAUAAGGUGGGUAUUAUUCUAUAUAUUUUCAACUGGUCAAUAUUGGUCAACAAAUCCAUUGUACAGAUACAAACCAACAAUGAAUUAAUCCUCCUAGCAAGUAUUAUGUGUGUAUCCAAAACCUGAUUCCUCUGUGUCAUAAAGCUCCAUUGUUCUUGUAAAAACAUCAUCAAUCAAAGAAAUAUUGACAAGAACACUAGAACACAAAUAGAACACGUAUUUCCUCCUGUUUGAGUAAUGUCUGAUAAAAAGUGUCCAGCUGCUUUAAGAAUUACUUAAUCUUUUUUUAAAUUGACUGGUCUUCAGUAGAAACCCGAAAGUUUUGAGAGACAGACUAACCCAUUGUUGGUUUUGGUCUUUAUGUGGAGUUUACUGACAGUAAGAAGAACAUAGAAUAACACCACCCUUUUCUUUUCAAGGCUGUGUCCCAUUUCAGAACCGCUUCCUAUGAAAACUGAAUAAGAGGAGCCGGAUUAGUCCUCUGGAGGUAUGGCCAGAUGAAUUUGCUAUGGGACAUUGUGCCUAGAUUUAGACUCAGAACCCCACUUGAAGAACCCCCUCCCCCCCCAUUCCAUGCUGGAAC